AUGCCAUGCGAAACUCUGAGCCGCCGGCUUGCGACGGUUGUACCCGACGAUCAGCGCCCUGAAAUCGCAUUCGAUAGCGAGGAAAGAGGUGGGGAAAAAAUCCCACCCAUUCCCCUCGAGAUCAUUGACGACAUUGUCAACUAUUUGCAUCCCGACAACCAGAGCGCCGUCCAAUCCACGGGCGCUGGCUGGCGCACCCUGUGCGCAGACGCAUCGCAAGGCCAGGAUCAACUAAAACCCGUGCAACGUAAGCACGCCCUACUUGCAUGCAGUGCUGUCUGUCGUGCAUGGAACUCGGUGGUUCGUCCCCAUCUCUUUCGCGACGUAACAUUUGUCGUCCGUGCUCCGCACAGGAAGAAAGGCCAGGAGGCGUACAAGACGUUUGCCGACUAUGAUCACUUCUUGCGGUCCUCUCCCGCCGCCGCCGCCGCCGCUGUACACAAGCUGAGACUAGGAUUUCCGAACCGCUACAAGUUUGGUGCGACAAGCGGCCAGCAGCUGCAUCUUCAUGCACUUUCUCUCUUUCUCUCCCAUAUGCCUGCCCUCGAGACGCUGCACCUACGGAAUGUGCAGUUUGCUCGCCUUUCAACCCCUCUUACCGGGACGACUGCCGGGCCAUUCAUGCGAUUCUCGCUGAAAGAGCUGCAGAUCGAAUACAAUGAAGAUGACAUGCCUAGUCCCAACACGGCCGUUAUGGACGACACAGAGGCGGUCAUGCUCUCCGGGAUUUUUGCCAAGGCAGAGACGCUACAUCUAACGGGCCUCAGCGUCCGAAGAGACGACCCUCCUUUGUUCCUGGGAGACCCUGGCCCCGAAAAGCUUGUAGUAGAGCGACUCGUGGUACAGCACGCGUAUAGCGGGCCUGAGCUCUUUUCCGCCCUGCGUAGUGCAGGCAGCCUCGAUCGUCUGCGAUCGUUGGAAGUACGCAUGGUGGCCGAGCUCGACGAGGAACAAGACAUGCUGAAGAAAGUAGCGUUUGCCGCGCUCGUCGCUCCGUCGCUCGAGCACCUAACCGUAACCCUGCAUCGCCAUGAGACAGCCUGCGGGAGAAACGUCCUCGAUAUCACCUCAUUCACGAGCCUGCGCACAGUAUCGCUGGGCUUUACAGUUCCGAAACACCCCAUCCGUUACCAGCAUGUCCUCCGCCACGUCCUGCGCUCUUUCCCGUUGCCGCAGCUCUCGCGCGAGCAACACCCUCACCUAGAGGAGCUUCGUCUCUGCAUCAACUUCGACUUGUCUGGAUUUGUCUUCGCCGGACUGCCCGAGGCGAGCGAGCGACGAAGGCAGCUCGCCCCCAGGGAAAACUUAUCUUUGGUGUCAGAGCAACAGAAAAGUCUCGACGAGAUUGACCAGAGGCUAGUCGACACUGUCGAGCGUUGCGGUCUGCGCGGCGUCAUCGUCGAGUAUGAGGCGAGGAGUGAUGUGGAUGUGAGGCCGCUGAUACACGAGACGUUCCCGAGGUUGCGUCAGUUGAGUCUACUGGAUCUACGAGUCAGGUAG